UGGGAGCUGGGAUUGGGAGAGUUGGCCGCGCGUGUAUCGUAUUUUGGCAGGUUAUCGGCAAUAAGGUGGCGUAUUGUUCUACCUCUUCGGUCCAGAGAUCAACGUAAGGUGUGAGCUGCUGCUGGGCGCCAUGUCGGCCGAGGACGACUCGCUCUCCUCGUCGGUGGAUGUUAUCCCAGCGUCACCGGAGCCGGAACGGCCGGCGGCGGGCGUCAGCCGCCUGCUGGCCUGGCGCUCACCGGCGCCGCCGCCUGGCCGCAGCACCAGCCCGCUCCUCAUCUCAUCCGACGAGUCGGAGGAGUCGUACGGGUCGGAAAAGUUGCACGGGUCGGAAAAGUCGGAAGGGUCAGACGAGGUGGAAAGGUCCGACGAGCCGGAAAAGUCGGACGAGGUGGAAGAGUCGGAUGAGUCGGCCGUGUUGGAGAAGUCGGGCAAGUCGGACGAUUUAGACAAGUCGGACAAGUUGGACAAGUGGGACGAUUCAGAAGAGUCGGACGCCACGACGCCGGAGUCCCCCGCCCGCCGCUCGCUGUCGCCUGACAUCAUCGAGGAGUCGUUCGAGGAGACAGAGCACCCCGCGUUGAAUGAGCUCUGGCGGGCCGCGCCGCCGCAUCGUCGUGACGUGUCCAGCGAGUUUUCGGUGCCCGACUCCGGGCGUCCGUCUUCGAAUGACGUCACGCCGCCGUCGCUCGUGUCGGAGGGUGCGACGAGGCGCAUUACCGGUGACUCAAGCGGCUGCGCGUCGACUAAGCAGAGCCCUCAGGGGUGGGCAGGCACCAGAAAUGUGGGCCGAGGCGGCAGCUCACGCCGCAAUGUCGCCGACGGGGAGGACGCCAGAGGUCGUGCGCAGCGCCUGUACAGCCAGUACGUCGUCAAGAAGCGGGCCUGUCCGCCCCCGGAGCAGACCAGCGGCGAAUCAGGUGGUGCUCAGGCCGACGGCGCGCCGGGCGCCGGCACCGGCCGAGCGUCCGACGAGAGUCGCACCAGUUGGGGACACGACGGCCGUGACCGUCUCACUGCCAGCACAUCGCCCGACCCGUCCUGCCUCGACGUGCUGUCCCUCGCAGAACUGGAGCAGCAGCUGCGACAGAAGGAGAUGGUGCGCCGCGUGUCCAACACGUCAGCACUGCCGGACGGCGGCCGCCGGCUGCAGGCGCAGAUCCGCCAGCUGCGCGAAGCGCUGGUCCGCAGACGGGCCAGCGCUCCGGCCAGCGCUCUGACCAGCGCUCCGGCCAGCGCUCCGAACAACGCUCCGACGGUCAGCGCGCGACACGACCCGAACCAAGUGCAGCAGCUCUUGGCUCAGAUCCAGCGGAAAAGGAUGCAGUACAGCACCACGUCGUCUCGGUCUGAGCCGGGGCGGCUGGCCCAGCUGCAGCGAGACAUCAUCCGGCUGGAGGCGGAGAUGAUGCGGCUCCAGAUGCGCACCGCCGCUGCCAGCAACGUUAGCGUCGGGAAGAAUCCGUUCAAACCGUUCAGCGUAACCGGCCGACCUGCGCCCCUCAACAAGCCGCGAGAUGCCGCCCGGCAGGCGGCAGCCGCCAGCCGGCAGACGACAUCGCUGGAGGCGUCGCUGAGGCGUGGCGAGCCGACGACGGCGGUGGUGACGGACAGGCAGCGCCGCCUGGAGGCCGAGGCCCGCGAGUCACUACUCGAUUUCGGCAACAUCCGGCCAGAGCUGGCCGCCGCGCUCAUGGCCUCCAAUCCGGAGCUGGGCCGACUGUACGGCGGCCGCAUGACCGAGGCACGGCACCGGGAGGCGUGCAACGUGACGACGGAGGUGCUGGAGCGUCUGCACCGAUCGCUAGAGUCGCGUCCGCCGCCGACGUCCACGGAGCCGGCGCCGGCCUGCCUGAACGUGCCGCUGAUGGAGCACCAGCAGUACGCCCUCUCAUGGCUGCGCUGGCGCGAGAGCCAGCUGCCCUGUGGGGGCAUACUAGCCGAUGACAUGGGCCUCGGCAAGACGCUGACGAUGAUCUCACACUGCCUGAGAGUGCAGGAGCUAGAGAAGGCCGCAGCCGCCGCCGCCGCCGAGGCCAAGAACGAGAAGGCGGCUAACAUAGAGAAGGACGAGAAAGAGCGGGAUGACUUUGCUGGGGAGAGCAAGAGAGCUUCCCAGAAAGGCGAUGCUGUGUGGCUUUCUAAAGCCAAACAACAAGAAGCCGACGCCGGCGCGGUGCCGUCCAACGCCACGCUGGUGGUGUGUCCGGCGUCGGUGCUGCUCCAGUGGGAGGCCGAGGUGAAGCGACGCACCAGCGGCCGCGUCGCCGUCAUCGUCUACCACGGGCCGAACCGCAAGACCGAUCUGCAGCGGCUUAAAAAAGCUGAUUUUGUGCUCACCACUUACGAUCUCGUUCGCCAAGAGGUCGGAAAAGAUAACCUUGUCGGAGCAAAGAAGGCGCCCCGCUCUCCGCUGGUGGCCAUCACCUGGACACGGGUCAUUCUGGACGAGGCGCACCAGAUCCGCAACCGCAACACCAAGGCAGCCAAGGCCAUGUGCGAGUUGCAGGCGCCGCGCCGCUGGCUGCUCUCCGGCACGCCCAUCCAGAACAGCCGCGAAGACCUCUACAGCCUGAUGCGCUUCCUGCGCGCCGCCCCCUUCCACGAGUACGAGGUGUGGAAACGGUGGAUCGACAAUAGCCCGAAAGGCGACGAACGUCUUAGUCUGAUUGUGAAGGCUAUGGUUUUGCGUCGCACCAAGGAUGAAGUCUCGUCCGUGACAGGGGAGCCGCUGGUAGCGCUGCCCAACAAACAGAAGCUGCGCCACACCGUCGAGCUGGAUGAGCGCGAGCGCGAGGUCUACGACAAGGUGUUUGCCUUUUGCCGGUCCUCCCUGCAGGAGUUCAUCAAGCUGCAGGAGCAGCGGGAGUACGAGAAAGAGCUGCGCACCAACCCUUACGCCCGCCCCCUGUCACCACAGGUGGUCACCACCCACCUGUCGACCACAGCUGCAGACGUCGCCGAGCCGUCCGGCCUGGGCCACAAGGGCACCAUCAAGCAGCACCACCUGCUGGUGCAGCUACUGCGCCUCCGCCAGAUCUGCUGCCACCCGGGCCUUGCCAAAACGGUGAUGACGUCAGCGGACCGUGAGGCGGCCGGCGCGGACCCGAACGCCGAGGCGGACGAGCUGGGCGCCCAGCUGCUGGGCCUCACGCUGGACGAGUCGGCCAACCAGCAGCCAGUGGCCGACCAGCAGCGGCCGAGCGUGCUUGCCGCUGACAACCCCGUCUUCAGUCAGGACUGGUGUAGCUCCAAGAUGGUGCGCCUGCUGAAGGAGAUAAACAAGAUCAUGCGUUCGGGCGCCGACAAGUUGGUAGUCGUGUCCCAGUGGACGUCGAUGCUGGACAUCGUGCGGGCGCACCUGGGCCGAGCGCGCGUGCCCUCCUGCACCAUCUCCGGCUCCGUACGCAUGGCCGACCGACAGGCCGUCAUCGAAGCGUUCAACAGGUCCGGUGGCGGGCCGCGGGUGAUGCUGCUCUCUCUGCUGGCGGGAGGCGUUGGUCUGAACCUGGUCGGGGGCAACCACCUGUUCAUUAUGGACCCGCACUGGAACCCACAGCUGGAGGAGCAGGCGGGAGACCGUAUCUACCGCGUCGGCCAGCGCAAGGACGUCUUCAUUCACCGGUUUGUUUGCAAGGACACGCUGGAGGAGCGCAUCGUAGAGCUGCAGGAGAAGAAGCUGCGGAUCGCUUGCGGCGUGCUGGCUGGCGACAAGCAACAGGCCUCCAACCGCCUGACGCUCAGCGACCUGAAGACGUUGUUUGGCGUCGCCUGAACACGGGUCGCUCAGCGCGGUACAUGACGCUGGCAGCGACGAGUGCAAGAUGCGGCGAGUGGAUGUGGCGCUUACUUGCGCUACGAGGUACGGAAGGAAGGCCACGUGGUGCUGAACGAUGACGUCGAUUUCACGCAGCGGCUGAAUAAUACGCGCUGCCGACUGGCAUGGGCAUGUCCUGAUGACCUUUGCCCUGACCUUUGCCCUCGCUUCGUCCGGCUUCACUUCCCUUCGCGCAGCUUCGCCUCCCUUUGCCGUGCUGAGUAUCCCCGCACAGCUCUGGUCGCAUAGAUCGGACAUGUCCAAUAAACAUUUUAUGCCGAAGCGUGUGUGCAUGCGCUCCAGAAACAAGUGGUCGAAUUUCAGUUAUCAACGUCAAUCGACAAUGCCCGCGUCACUGCACGGGCGCGGAGGCCUCAGAUCAAUCUUUUCAACUGAGGCCUGUUCACGUAUCCUCUCAUUUGAUGCUACGCAGGCGCCUUCCGUUAGAUACUUCGGGACAGGUGCACCGCCGGCCAGCGAGAUCGCCCCGGACGACGCACGUACUCGAACUGGCCGCACCUUUCCCAAUUGCCCUCGGCGAUCAGUGAAGCGGCAUGUACUGCUUUGGCUUUGAUCUGGAUUGGCGGGCCCGUUUUGGGCACAGCACAGUCCGCGAAGCACUUAAAUAUCUCACGGGGCUCGCCGAACAGCCAUAGCAACCCCUAAGGUUGCGCGCCCGGGGCGAGGCACGUCCCGCGAUGUCGAGCAGCCCUGUGAGGGCAUUCCAUGCGAUGCCCGAUGAGUGCCAGCGAAGCCAGCGCGGUAGACCAUCCCUCGAGGUCCCCGUCGCAGGCUCCCGGGGCGCUCCUGUUCCGACUGAGCUCGGAAUCACGUCAAGUCAUCGAGUGUUAGCCCGCAUGCAUCGCGGCGUAGCAUGAGCCUUCAGGAUUUGCAGAGACAGGUUGAAACAGCAUGGAUCACUAAUCAAACAUGCCCGGUUACCAAGGACCGCGAGAGAUCCUUCACUAGUUGGGCAGCUGUCGUUUUGGGGCGGCGGUCGGCUUUACUUCGGCCGCCCUACCCGGCUUGUAUCGUGUAGUGUUCGUUUAAAGAUGGAUUCGAAUGUAUAUAUUGUGGCCUGGGCUCGAUGACUCCGCGAUAGUCCACAAACACCAUUUGGCGUGCGUAAUUUCUGACGUUUGCAGUCACCCUUGCCGUGAGACUGAUGUUUGCGAGGCAGGGGUGCAAGGCCUUUCAGGCCCUUUUUAACCGAACGCUUAGACCCAAGGCGGGGCCUUUCGCGGCGCAUGUUCAGCCACGGCACUGGAGGUGCAGGGAAGCCGUGUGCAAUCUCAACGGCAACCUUCAGGUCAAUAGACCGCAAAGACGCCGCAACUCUAAGUGCUGCAUCUGUGUGGAGAUGUAACCCGUUCCGCUCCGCAGCAACUGUUAACGUCAAACUGUAUGCAUCUGUCGAUCACUUAUACAGUGGUAUCAGAGCGGUUCAAUCCAAAUACAACGGGCCCGGCACUGUCACCGUCCACUGUGUCUCAGCUCUGCCAGGACCUCCUGAACCGCGCAUAAGCCCUGCCUGCGUCCCGGUGGCUCCAGAUCACGCCGCCCUGAUGCUGCCAGCGCAGCAGGGCGCCCGCCGCCCCUUCAGAGUACCGGCGACCCUGCUCGUUCUCCGAGCUCUCCGAGCUCUCAGACUCCUCGCCCCAGUCCUCGCGCGCCCUCUUCCUCGGCGUGUCCUGUGGGGCGGAUCCGUGGUCCCUCUUCCUGCCGCUGCCGCGCCCAGCCGGCGGGCGCUGGCGCUCCUGCCACCCGUGGGUGGCAGGAGCCCGGAGCUCGAGGAGCUCGGCGCAGCCCG